UUAGCUCAAUUGCUACUAGUACCCUUCCGGACGCACUAUACGUUUUAAAGCAUUACGUACUCCACGCAGUGGUUUAUCUGCUCUGUUAAAACCUUACUCACACCACUACGGGCCAAAAACUUUCGGAGCUCUUAUCUUGUGCUAUCCAGUGGCACAUUAUCCGAUCAGUAUUUUUUCGUUUUUGAAUUAUUUUCUUGUUCGAUUGGCAUGUGCAGCCAAAAAUCUGCAGGCGUAUGCAUUAUAUAAAUUCACAGAGAUAUUUGAAGAUGGCUAGGCAGAAGGCGACAGUUCCAAGGAAGAGAAGUGGUAAUGCUCCUGCUUCCACUCCUCCUGUUUCCCCUUCUGCUCCUGCUUCCACUCCUGCUCCCGCUGCUGAAUCUUCCAGUGCUGCUGCUGCAAGGGGCAGACGUAGUGCUAAGGGGCCACGUGUAACAGCAACACCAAUGACUGCAAGGAAGCCUUACCGAUUUAAACCAGGAACUGUUGCCCUUAGAGAGAUAAAACGUUAUCAGAAGAGUUUUGAAUUGCUUAUCCCAGCACUUCCAUUUGCUAGACUUGUGAGGGAGGUGACUGCUCAUUAUACUCUAGAGGUGAAUCGCUGGACUGCUGAAGCUUUGGUAGCUUUGCAAGAGGCAGCUGAGGACUAUGUUGUCAAUCUGUUUGAUGACUCCAAUUUGUGUGCCAUUCAUGCCAAGCGUGUAACAAUAAUGCCCAAAGAUAUGCAUCUUGCAAGACGCCUUCGUGGUGUCCAUGUUGACAGGCCUUGGUGAAACUGCCCUACUUGGUGCAUGUUUAGACAGAAAAUGCAGAAAUUCAUUGUUUCUCUAUUGUAACUAGCAGUGAUUUGCCAUUUUAUACCCUCCAAUUACUAUUUUGUACCCUCUAUUUACCCCUUUCUUCUCUACCUGUUUGUACCAUUGGUAGCCCCUACGCUUGAUUAUCUGGAAAAUGCUCUGGAGAAGUUUGAUGACGGGCCAUUCUUCUUGGGUGAAUUCAGUUUUGUAAGCCAUCUAAUCUGCAUAGUUAUUUCCAUGACUUUUGAUUCUUCAUCGUUUUGUGUUUAUUGCUUUGAUAUCAGGGAGAUGUUGCAUGAAAUUUAUGCAAGUUGAUUUUGUCUAUGCUCCUUUUGCUGAAAGAUUUUAUAUUGCGUUUCCCAGACAUUAGAACUAUCAUCACAACUGGAAGGCCAAAAUUAUUCCAACGGAUUUAGGCAAUGGAGUAAUGGAAUCUAAGAGAUAAAAGGCCAUGGACAAUGCAGCUGACCCAGCCAUGGCCAUGAUUUUCUAAAGCCUCAUUCUAUCAACUGCAAAGUGAAAUGUAUUCUUAUCAAACCAAGAAUUAAGCAAAUUCAAAGGCAUUUCUCCACGAACAUAUUUAGCAUUAUUGUUUUUAAUUCUAUAUAAAUUUAAUUGAUGAGGCUAUGAUUCAAACUA